CAACCGGGGGCAGGAAGAGGUCAAUUGGCGUGGAUUUUGCAUUCGCUAGUUUUCUCGGGGCUCUGUCAAUCAAGAGAAGAAGAAGAAAGAUAUGGCUCUCCCAAAGGCUAAGGAGAUCGUGUCGGCCAAUCCUGUUGUCGUUUUCAGCAAGUCGUACUGUCCGUUCUGCGUCAACGUGAAGAAGCUGCUGGGUCAAGUUGGUGCCAACUUCAAGGCCGUCGAGCUGGAUGUCGAAAGUGAUGGAAGUGAGAUUCAGGCAGCUCUUGCUGAGUUGACUGGACAAAAGACUGUGCCCAAUGUCUUUAUCGGGGGCAAGCACAUUGGUGGUUGUGAUGCAACAACUGCAUUGAACCAGAACGGCAAGCUUGUUCCUUUGCUAACUGAAGCCGGAGCUGUUGCUAGUGUGUCUGCUUAGAAGACCUUCAAGCAUACGUUGGAUGAAUUAUGCAUGUUUCUGAAGCUAUUAUAUAAAUAAAGCAAUGUUUGUUAGUGUUUCGUUUCAUUUUUCUGUUUGAGAAUAAAUUAUGAAUAGAAGCUUCGCUGGA